CUCCAGCUGAUGCCGUUGACUGAUCUCUCCCUCUGAAAGUGCUCAGUUUUGUCAGAAACUUCUGGAAGUGGCAUCUUUUAGUCGCGAGCUCUAACCAAAGUCGUAUUUUGUCGUCUGAAGGAUGUCUGGAGAGGGUGUUUUGUGGGUGUCUGUGCUGGUGGUGUGUGUGUCUGCGGUGUGUGAGGCUGGAUGUGCGGACAGAAUCGAUCCGAGCUGCUGCCCGGGCCGAAAUAACGAAUGUUCGGACAGAAGCUCCCGGAGAACCGUGUGUUACUGCGACACAUACUGCCGGAGGAGCGGAGACUGCUGUGAAGAUUACAACAGCAUCUGUCACGUCUCUGCAGCUAUAGACUGUGAGGUCAGACAGUGGGGUGCCUGGUCUCCAUGUUCAUCCGUCUGCGGGGCGGGGACUACAGAGCGGAGCCGACAGGUGGCCACGCCCCCUCGCAACGGAGGCACGCCCUGUCCAGACCUCAAACAGCGCAGAGGGUGUUUCGCACCCACCGACACCUGCAGCGCAGCUAAAGAGGUGGCCAAAAUCUUGCCUGACUCAUUCAAGCGGAACUUUAAGGACCCUUGGAGACGGCCGCAUAUGCUUAUGAAGGAGGAGAAGAAGAGUUAUUGUGUGCAGAUGCGUGUAAAGCAGGCGAGUGCAGCAUGUAAGGUGAGACCGUGGAGUGCAGGUUUAAUUCGUGAGCGCUCCGUAUGUGUCGAGUGUCAAAGCGACGCCAUGGCGACUGAUAACCGCUGUCGUGGAGACGGGCUGCAGAACAUCAGAACCUUCUGGGCUGCUGCUCAGGCACCGGGCUGCUCCGGGUCGUGGGUUCGAGAGUCACUCACUGAGAACUGCCGGUGUCCAUCAUACUCCGUGAUUUUCGUCUGAACCAACCUUUAAAAGCUCAUUUUGAGGGACAAUUUAUACCCCAGGAGUCCACAAGAGCCUCCUCCUUUUGAAGCCAAAUUCUCUCCAUCAAAGGUUAAGCAAUGACGCCCCAGUAUAUCUGUCACUUUAUCUGCUUCUCCACCAAAACAACUGCUUUUCUCUGCUGUCUACCUCCACAAUGCACCUGCACCCGUUUCUGAUGCCUUAUAUUACACUUUUUCUGCUCUCUCGUCUGUCUUCUGAUUCAUAUGUACUGUAUUUAUAUAUGUUUGAAUGUAAUGCCUGUGUGUCUGUUUGGUGUGUGUGUGUGUGUGUGUUUUUAAAUGCAAAGCCUGUUUGUAAAUGCACGAGUCAAGCUAAUGUAUGUGAAUGUUUUGGUAGUAUUUUGUUUCUCAAGAACUUUAUCUUUAUGAGUGUCCUGAUCUGAAUACUAUGUACUUUCACUUUUGGUUUGAAAGUUUCAGAAACCACACUCGAUUCUUCUUGAAAAUGGGACAGGCUAAUUGCCUAAAUUGUGGUUAAAUUACCACCCCACAAGGACAAAUAUACUAUAGUAAAUAAUAGUAAACUAUUCUAUAGUAAAGUACUUCAAUAUACUGUUGUGGUGAUUCUAUAGUUGCUAUUCUAUACGUAUAUGUGAUACACCACAGUUUACCGUAGUAAAAACUAAAGUACACUACAGUAUUUAUUACAGUUUAUCAGUUCACUACAGUUAAAGGUGCGAUAUGUAAGGUGUUGACUCUUCUCAAGCAUAAAAAUACCAUAAUAUGUUUGCAGAUAUUUCAGAAACAUGCAAAGUGAACAUACUUGUUUAUCUGAUAAACAAUGCUGAAGUCAGAUAUUCUGCUUGGAAAAUGUGCAAGAAUGGCUGUCUUUGUUUUGGUCAUUUAACCCGCCCAAUGCCAAUUUAGCCUUGAUGGAAAACCGCAUAUUUAAUUCAUUCAGUCACGAAAGCUGUCAAAUAUGUGUUCGCGACCGAAAUGCGACCUCCGGUGGACAGUAGCAGACUUCGAUAUGAGACGCAGAUUCAGAGUUGCACAUGAGGUGGUUAUUAAUUAGCAAAUAAUAUAAAUAUUAUUCACGUAAACAUUAGGUGAGCAGGUUACAUUGUAACCGCGUGUCUUAACAACAUGAUCCGUGAUGAGAUUUGCAGUGAUGAGCUAUUAGCAACAGGCGAAACACGACAGAAAUUUAAACACAGCCAUUGACAGUUCUUCAGUUCAAUUUCAGUUUAUUUUAUUUUCCAGAUCUGAGGUGAACUAUCAGCUGCUGCUUUCAUUAGUAUGACAAUAAAUAUCAUGUAAAAUGGCAUUCAAAAUCACAUUAUUAGCAUUUAACACUGAAUAAAGUACAUGAGCUGUACCUGAGCUGAUCAUUGUCAGUUUUCUGUUGUUCAGCUGUGAGAAAUAGAAGCCGUUUAUCAAUUAUCAAUUUCAAGUGUUGGUUAGGACAAACUCCUUUUAAUAUGGACAAUAUUCCUUCUACCAUGUGCCCUUGCUUUUAUAUAAAACAUGACUUAAAUCAGCGUUUAGACUCGAUAGUUGACUUCUGUUGUUGUCAUCAAUCUGGCAACCUAUGCUUGCAUGUGUUUUGAUCCAGGAGUGCAAUACCUAGUUCAACCACUGGGUGACAAACUUACAUACUGCACCUUUAACACUGCAUCAUGCUGUAGCGUUCAUUAACAAAUAAAUAUUAUAAUAUAUACAGUAUAGUACACUACUAUAGUAUGGUUCAAAAAUAAUAUAGUAUUUUUUUCGCGUGGGUACAGCUGAUGACACAGUAUAAAUCAUUUCUUUUUGCUGCUUGCCAUAUAUUUUAUUUCCAUAAAGUUAUUUUUAUUUUAUUCAAAUAAAUUUACAAUUUAUUUAUUAUUACAGGAUUUCUGAUUGUAAUAUACAACAUCAGGACCGCACCAAACAAAUUCCUUCUAGAUUUUAAUUUAGUUUCUAAUAUUAGAGUUUUAUUGUUGCUUUUGUAUGAUUUUAUUGCUUUUUUUAUUAUUAUUUGCAAUGCUCUUCUUUGUUUCCCAUCACACAUUAAACAGUCAUAGAUCUCCAGUCUUUCUUUCUUUUUAUUGUUUGUUCAAUUAGCAUAAGAGUGUUAAUCAUAUGAGUUUGCAAAAUUAAUUGUCAAAUCUAAUAUGCAGAAUGCAAAUGAAAUAUGUAAAUUGGCAAAGCAUUUAUGUAUUUAAAUUUGUGCACUCCAUCACAUAUGUAAAGUUUGGUACAAAAUGAAAAUGAAACCAACAACAGUCUGAAUAUGUAAAUUACAUACUGAUGUUUAUACUUUAGAAGUUGCUAAAUUAAAGUUUAAAGUGUUGAUACAUAAAAAAGACAAAAUAAUAAGAAAAUAUCAGUUUGCAACAUCAAGCAGCUGCUUUUAACAUCUAAAAAAUAAUGGAAGUGAAUAAAUAUCACAUAAAGUGAUGUUUUAUAAACAAAUUUCGGGAGGAGCAUGAUCAGUCUUUGACGAGGCUAAUUCAUCGUCACACACACACACACAAUUAGGCAUGUGCCGGUAUCACAUUUUCAUGCUGCGAUUAAUUGAUUGAGCUUUUAUCACGGUAUACGGUAUUAUCACAAUAUUGUAAUUUUACUAGAGAAACAGGUAAAAACACAAAAAACUUCAGUUUCAUCAACUUAGUAACUUUAAUAACUUUUUAAUUAACUAAAAGUACUUCAAACAUUUAAAUACAAAUAAAUAUAAAUAAAACAAUACACAAUAUAUAAGUAAACUUGAGCAAUUAUAUCAAAGUGAAUGUGCAAAGGGAAACCGUCUUCGAUCAGCAAUCGUGGAAUGAACUGCCAACUAUUCCAGCAUGUUUUAUGCAGCAGAUGCCUUUCCAGCCACAACCCAAUAUUGGAAAUCACCCAUACACACACACUCAUACACUACAGCCAAUUUAGCUUAUUCAAUACACUAUUCACUCAGCCUAUAUUCAAUAAUAAACAUAACAAAAACUGCCUGCUAAUGCAUGGGUAAAUCUUCAAAGUGAACAGUGUUACAUUUUAACCUUUCACCUCAUCCUGCUUGCUGUUUCACUAUCUAAACAAUGAAAACAUAAUAUAAGUCAAAUUUAUUUCAUUUUGAUAUUUGAUUUACACCGUCUCUUUUGCAGAAUAUCAGUUUUAAUAACCAAUAAUGGCCAUUAUAACAGUAUAACGUACAUUAAAUUUAAACGAUAAAGGUAAGCAAUCAGUCAAUGUGCAGAAUCAGUGUAUGUGGUUACAUAAAUUAAUAUAUUAGCUUUGCACUCAGCCAAAACAGUUAACUGAGAACAAGUGAUUCAGAAGACAUAAGAAUUGUUAGAUAGAGACAACAAGAGGAAUUCAAUAUCACGUUUAACAACUAUAGUGAGAUGAGAUCACCCAGCAGAUGAACUGUCUGACAUGCACUAUACUCACACCUGGGGUUUAUGCUUACCCGCUGAACUAGUGGCUGCAGCUCUGGGCAGAGAGUGUGUGGUCACGUGAUUUGCGUUUUUAGCCGUGUACUAGAAUGAACAGAGAACUUUUCAGAAUCGCUAAAUGAAACGCCGGUGUAUUUCUCGCGAUUUCUCUGCGCCUCCCUUGCGUUUCUUCUCUCUGACUCUCGACUAUUUUGACAAAUACACACAGACGACGCACGCUCACACGGAGUCCAAAAUAGGAGUUUGUGAUUGGGCCAGCCCAAUGUCAAUACCGAAAAGAGCCAAUGGGCUGCAGUGUCACGGCCCGGUCUAUCUGUCCGGGAAAAAAGCAUCUACUUUCAGAGAGUCACAGAUCACAGCAGCGUCAAUCAAUAAGGCAGAAAAAAACGAUAGGCUGCUAAGCCUUUUAUGGGCCGAUCAAAUCAUAAGACGAUGAUCAGCCCGGCCCAAAAAGUACGUCGGCCCACCGGGAAAGUGCCCGGUUUGCCAGAUGGCAAGUCCGCCCCUGCGUGUGAGGAUUAUAGCGCGGUGGCAGCGGCGGCGCGCACUGCCUGCACACAAGGCUUCUACAUGUGGGGAUUGUUUACAUCAGAGUGCGCAUCAGUUCUGCGCAGCAUAUACGCAGUGUUUCUUCAAGCGGUUGAUGGAAAAUAAGCUAAGGCGCGUUCUAAGAAUAUAAAUUCGGAUCUAUUAUUUUUCACGGUAUUUUGAAGUGCCCGCGAUAACAAUAUCGUGCAUAUUCAUUACCGUGAUUUAUCGCAUUACCGAAUACCGGCACAAGCCUACACACAAUCAUUCUAUUAUCCAAUCAGCUCAAGAGCAAACCCUUAUAAACAGUCAAACAUGUCAUACCUCUGUUUUCUCUUGACUUCAGCGUCCCUCCACCACCCCAGCUCCACACUAUUAAACCAGAUAACUAUUUAAAUCUGAGGGGGGAGCGUUCUGGAGCCGGGCUAGACACUGCGCACGGACCCUAUCUCUCUUUAUCCUGAUAAGGGGAAAUAACAUGAGUUAGGGUGUCUUCCCAAGCUCAGAGCCCUCUCCCCGGACAACACGCCAAAUACGCAAAUUCUAUUCAGUCAAAUAUCUGUGAGUGUGAACUCAUGAAAUGGUAUUUAAGCUCACAUUGGGAGCAUUCAACACUGAAUAAAGCACAUCAGUUGUACCUGAGGUGAUCUUUGUCAUAGUAGUAUAUGAUGUAGGGUUAUCACGAUACUGGAAUUCAGUACAUUAAAGAGCUGUUGAGCCCGUUCUUAAACAGCGCUGAUUUACCAUUGUGUUCACAUGCACAACAGAAAUGAGUGUGAUGGCUGUGAAGAUCAUCCGUUCACCGAACUCGCUGCUGUUUACUGAGUGUAACCACAGAUACAGGGACACUGGAGGGUUUUAUAGCUGUAUAGAUCAGGCGAUUCAUCAGCGGAUCGCUCAUAUGUCAGCUUAUAAACAGACCAGCUGAUCUUCACAGCUUUAAAACGCUCCAGUGUCCCUGUAUCUGCAAUUACACUCAGUAAAAAGCGGUGAGUUUGGUAAAGUGAUGACCUUCACAGCCAAUCACAGUCAUUUCUGUUGAGCAUGUAAACAUAACGGCAAAUCAGCGCUGUUUAAGAAUGCGCUCAUAUGUUAGCGGGAAAAAGACAAUCACAACUGUAUGCAGUUUACACAUUAAAUGUGUGGUUUGCAAAUGCUAAAUGUAAAUUAAAUCAUUUAUUUUCUCAUUUUUCAAAGAAAGAACGUAUGCCAGUGUAAUUGGUGGUUCAUUCCACUGUGGUGACCCUUGAUCUAGCAGGGACUAAGCUUAUUUAAAUACAGAAAUGCAUUGCCACUGCAUAUUAUAUGUGAAAUUAACCUGAGUUUUGCUUCUGAUGCUUCAAUACUUCCUCCCCCUUGAGGAGUUGUUUCACUAACACACACUCACUGGCGUCACUGAGCUGUACUGGGUGUUUAUCCUGCAUGUGCUCAUUACACAUCAAAGACUUUCUGUUGUGUUUACGCUCACCGUCUGCACACAUACUUCACUCACUACAUAUAUAUUUUGUGGCAUUUUUAGCAUGCUUGCUCAGCAGAAUGCUAAGUACAGUAUACUUAAGAUUCAGGUAAUUAUGUGUUUUCACACUAACACCACUCGACGUUCGGUUUGUAGAGUGGAAUGUAUCUGAAUGAGCAUCCAACACAGUUACACUACAUUCUACACAGCUUUCCGUGCAUCAGUGGGCAACACUUUACAAUAGGAGUUAUUGUAUUUACUAACAUGAAGAAUAAAAAAUAUCAAACAAUACAUUUAUAACAGUAUUUAUUCAUCUUUUUAUGAAAAUAAAGCUCUUGUGGCUUCACUAAUGUCUGGAUUUUAAUAAUGCAUUGAAAUAUGAUCAAGAAAUACUGCACUAGUAGUGUUCAUUCUUAGUUCAUGUUAGUAAAUACAAUAUUGAAUGCACCCUUAUUGUAAAGUGUGACCCACAGUUAAAAUGCUCCUGACUACAUUUCUGCUUAUUAAAUCCUUUUAAACUCCUAUUCAAAUGCCUUAAUUUUUUAUGAAUGUAUUUACAAAAACAAUAUGUAUUUACUUCAACUGAUUAAACAUAAUGCAGUUAUUAUGUGUAACUGAACCACAUGCUAUGUUUUACUGUCAUUGAUUUGAACCACAACAAAGGUUUUAUGUACAUAUACAAGUAUAUUAAAUGCUAGUGUCUAUUUUAAUGUUUCAAAUAAUGUUUUUAGAAAAUAAAACAUCAAAACGUGGAUGAGAUAA